AUGGCAUCUGAUUUCGAAAAAAGACUCUUCCUGAACAAGUUCAGGUCACUGGGUUUGAACUCGAGUAACAAGAUCAUCGUGGGCGUGGAUUAUGGAACUACGUUCACCGGAGCUAGCUUCGUCAGUUCAAAAGGAAAGGGUCUCGAUGAUAUUACAGUCAUCGACAUCUGGCCCGGAACCUUCAGAGACACCACUGCGGUGGUGAAAGCGCCGUCUCGCAUUGCAUAUCCUGAUGAUAACAAAGGCACCUGCACCCGGAAAUGGGGGUAUGAAGUUGAGCCGGGUAUGACUGCAUGCUCGUGGACAAAAUUGCUUCUGGAUCAAAAUACCGCGCUUUCGAAAUACGAUGACCCGCUGCUUGAAAAAACCUCCGAAGCCGGCAUUCUUCACUUACCGGAAGGGAAGAUGGCAACUGAUGUUGUAAGUGAUUAUUUGUCUGAGGUUUACGUUCAUAUCAUCCGCAGAAUCGCCAAACAAAUCACAGAAGACACACUGCGAGCCACCCCGUUGGAGUUCUGGUUCACAGUGCCUGCAAUUUGGUCAGACCAGGCGCAGAAUGCUACGAUCGAUGCUGCUCGACGGGCAGGGUUUGGCAGCAGUACCACCCGGCCAAACGAUGAGAUAUAUUUGAUCAACGAGCCAGAGGCAGCAGCUAUUGCCUCACUGAAGAAGUACACCACAAAAGAAAUCGGCAGGCUGGUCAAACCUGGUGAUGGUGUAUUGGUUUGUGACUGUGGAGGUGGUACUGUGGUAUAUCAGGACCUAACUACCUACCUCAUCCUUAAAAUACACCCUACUCUGGCAUUUGAAGAAUUGUGCACGGGCACCGGAGGUAAAUGCGGGUCGACCGCGAUAGACCGCGAAUUCUAUCGACUAAUGUCGGACCGGUUUGGCAAGGUAUUCGAAAGGCUACCGAUGAAGCGAAAGCGGCCCGGUAGCGACUUUAUGAAUAAAUUCGAGGUCAUUAAGAGGGACUUUAGAUUAUCCAACGGGCCGAUGGAUUUCGAAAUCCCUCUCAACAUGAAUGCUCCUGACGCAAAUAGCAACCAUUUCGAUAGCGACGAGCAACUGGUAUUAUUAACCAGGGAUGAUCUCCUCUUGAUUUUCGACCCUGUAGUGAAACAGAUUCUCGCCUUAGUACAACAACAGAUCCAGGAAGCACAGGAAGUGGCAAGAUACAUUAACAGGAUCAUCCUCGUCGGCGGGUUUGGCGACUCGGAGUACCUUCGUGAGGAAUUCCAGAAAUCCUUCGAACCUAUGGGCAUCAGUAUCCUUGUUCCUGACAAACCACAAGCGGCAAUCGUUCAAGGAGCCGCUCUUCGUGGACUUGAAGGGCUCCGGUCCACAACAAAGAAAUGCCGUCGACACUACGGCUUCCAAUGGUCCAUCCCGUUCCGAAAAGGCAUAGAUGCUGAGUCUAAUUCUUAUAUUGAUGAUUUCACGGGAGUUAAGAUGGUUUCAGGAAUUAUGAAUUGGAUGAUCUCAAAGGGUGAGAGAUAUGAAGAGAACUAUACAUGUAAAUCCUUCAUUCGAACGAUGCACUAUUGGUAUCAACGACCCGAGACGUCCAUAUCCCUAUAUGCCUGUGACCUGAUGGAUGCUCCGGAGCGGAUUGGCCCAGAUAGUUAUCUUGUCGGAGUUAUCGAGAUGGACUUUUCCAACGCCGAAUUGAAUAGAUUUCCAUCCAAGUAUAUCAGGGGCGUGCUAGCGUACCACCUCGAGUACGAACUGAAAGUCAUUUUUGGGGCGCUGGAUGGGGUGCUAAAGUUCGAAGCUAGCAGCCAGGGAAAGAAAAUUGGGUAUACGAGCAUCAGCUUCAACACUAUCCGGUAUUAUUAA